ACGAUUCAGUGAAGGACAUGAUAUGCACGAAUCUGCCGACAAACACGUGAACAAAAAUGUAUUCCAAUUAUUAGAUUUGUGUUUUAUGUAAGUACAUCGUUUAAAUUCAGAUAACUACAUACGUAUGGAUCUAAUGUAGAGCGACGUUGAAGUUUAUUAUAUACGCAGUUCGGACGCAGUGUUUAUAACAGGAAUAGCUGACAGCUUCAGGAUCACACAGGUCACAUAAUACGGUUGUGCAAUCAGUGACCUUGAUUUUAGCCAAGAUUUAUUUGAUCUGUUUCUAAUAAUUCAGGUCAGAGCUAAUGAAAACGUAUGUUUGAGAAUGAUGCAAACAGUCCUGCGUAAAUUGCACGAGGAGUGAAGUCUGUCUCUGGUGUAUGUUAUUAUGGACUGUUGACGCACGGAAUAAACAGCAGUAAUCAAGAGUGAGCUGAAGACAUGAAUGCACUGCAGUCCUGAUAGCAGCCAUCAUGACGACAGAGGCUGUGUCCUCCUCAGGGACUCGGGUUCAGAUCCCAGCUCCUGUCCAGAAAGACUACUACUACUGGUUACGCUCGUUCACAGCUGGAGGUGUUGCAGGAUGCUGUGCCAAGUCCACCAUAGCGCCUCUCGAUAGAGUGAAAAUUUUACUACAAGCUCAAAAUCCUCAUUACAAACACCUUGGAGUGUUUGCCACACUUAAGGCAGUGCCAAAAAAAGAGGGUUUCCUUGGACUAUACAAAGGAAAUGGAGCCAUGAUGAUCAGGAUUUUCCCAUAUGGAGCCAUUCAGUUUAUGGCUUUUGAUAACUACAGAAAGUUCCUUAACACACAACUGGGGAUAUCUGGGCAUAUUCAUCGGCUCAUGGCAGGAUCUAUGGCAGGGAUAACUGCAGUUAUUUUCACCUAUCCACUCGAUGUUAUCCGAGCACGCUUGGCGUUUCAAGUGACAGGAGAGCAUCGCUACACUGGCAUACGAAAUGCUUUUCAGACUAUAUACCUUAAGGAAGGAGGAAUCUCUGGAUUCUACCGUGGUUUGACCCCCACAAUCAUUGGCAUGGCUCCAUAUGCAGGCUUUUCUUUUUUCACGUUUGGCACAUUGAAGACUCUGGGACUUUCUCACUUCCCCGAGCUCUUAGGCAAGCCGUCUCUGGACAACCCUGAUGUCCUAGUGCUGAAGACUCAUGUCAAUCUGAUGUGUGGUGGGGUUGCCGGAGCAAUUGCCCAAACUAUUGCAUAUCCAUUAGAUGUUGCCCGGAGGAGAAUGCAGUUAGGUGCAUCACUGCCUGAUUUUGACAAAUGUUGCAGCCUGACUAAAACUCUCAAGCAUGUGUACACCGAGUAUGGUGUUAAGAAAGGACUGUAUCGUGGCCUGUCCCUCAACUACAUCCGCUGUAUACCGUCACAAGCCGUUGCCUUCACCACUUAUGAGUUCAUGAAGCAAGUUCUUCACCUAAACUAGAACAAGCAGUCACUAAGCCUUACAGGAACGGGUUGAACCGACCCCGGGAACAUCACAGCAGCCCUGUCUGCCAUUCCAGCGACCAGUCAUCUGAACGCCAGUUAUUACAAAACACCCUCACAAUUAGCAGACCUGUGCCUUUGCACAGCCCAGCAACCGUCACUAAAGGUAUAGAGACAAAAGUUAUGUGUGGAUCAGAAACAACCGACACAUGGAAACUGCGUCUGUAUGGAAACUUGCCUGUAAGAAGCCUUUCCAUCUCAGAUCGAACAAUUUGCCUUAAUCAUAAAAACACUAAAUCACAGGAGGUUUUACUUAUGUGGACAGUUUCAGUUUAUCAUAGUGCUUUUAACUAUGACUGAAGACGUCACUUUUUAUGUCAAAUAUGGAAGUUGACUUUUUUUUUGUUGCUAAAUUUCCUUCAUAUGUAGCGUUAUAUUUCAGUAAAUCUGAGUCAACGUAAAUCUAAUUGACUGAUAUUAGUUUCUUUUAGUGAUAAAAGAUGACUUUCCUCUACAAUUCAAUAUUAUAGGACAUGGAAGAGAGCAUACACAAUGUCAAUGCAGUAUUCAGUCUUGUUCGGAUGCCGACGUUACUGUGGCUGAAGUUUAAUAUCUUAGAUAGAUUGAUGCCUUACAGUGCAGGUUAGUUCACAGAGAGCAUCAACAUCACAGCUGAUAUGCAUGUGAAGCUUCGAUUCAUGAUGGGAACUAAAAGAGUCCCUUAAAUACAGUAAUGUUUAAAUGAAAUAAAAUAAUGACUUGCCUUUUUAUAUGCAAAGGAUUUGUCACAGACAUGUCAUAAAACAAAUAGUUCUGUCUUGCUUGUGUUAUGAAUCUCACAUUGGAUUCAUAACAGUCAUUACACUUUUACCCAGCCAGAUUAAAAUUAAAUGGUUACCUCAUUAUCUUUCUGUUGUAAAAUUAUCUUCUUUUUUUUUUUGCCAUGUGAUGGCAGUGUUGCAGUGAAUAUAGUCCUUAAACCUCUGUAAAUUUAAUGUACAAGUUGAUCAUUUAACUGCACCUGUUUCCAAAGAUGAAUGGGAAUAUUUAUGAAUAUAUGUGUGUAUGAGUACAUUAAACAGCAGUUGAUAUGGUUUUA